AUGUAUUGCAACUACUUUGGAAACUCCUAUGGGAGCUACGGCUGUGGCCUUGGCUAUGGCUGUGGCUAUGGUUCUAGAUAUGGCUGUGGCUACGGAUCUGGAUAUGGCUGUGGCCUUGGCUAUGGCUAUGGCUGUGGCUAUGGCUCCCGCUAUGGCUGUGGCUAUGGUUCCGGAUAUGGCUGCGGCUAUGGUUCUGGAUAUGGCUGUGGCUACGGUUCCAGAUAUGGCUGUGGCUAUGGUUCCGGAUAUGGCUGUGGCUAUGGUUCUGGAUAUGGCUCUUCCUGCUACAGCUACCAGCCAUUUGUCUACAGAAGAUGCUAUUCAUCUUGCUGCUAA